AUGGCUUCUCAAGCAGCGUACCAAGCCGAAAAGGUCAUCGGACACGGCGACAACGCCGUAACACAGCAGGAUGUAACUACGUACGAUGAUAAGACGGGUAAACCUGGCGAGACGAUGAAGGCAUUGGCGUGGAUGGGCAAGAACAAGGUCAAGAUGGUCGACGUACCCAGGCCCAAGAUUCUUGAAGAUCGCGAUGUUAUCCUCAAAGUAACAGGCAGUACCGUCUGUGGUUCAGAUCUACACCUCCUCCAUGGAACGGUCAUCCAGCUCAACGAAGGCGACAUCCUCGGCCACGAAUUCUGCGGCGUCGUAGAUGAAAUCGGUCCAGGCGUCACAGGCAUCGAGAUAGGCAAGCGAUAUGUUGCAUCGUUCCAGAUUGCCUGCGGCGAGUGCUUCUUUUGCAAACAGAAGCUGUCUUCGCAGUGCGAAAAAACAAGCUCCAACACGAUGGAAAGGGCCAUGUAUGGGGGGAGGACGGCGGGUAUGUUUGGCUAUUCCCACUUUACGGGUGGGUUUGCAGGUGGACAGGCUGAGUAUGUGCGUGUGCCGUUGGGGGAUGUGAACUUGCUCGAGAUUCCGACGGAUGUUCCUGAUGAGAAGGCUUUGUAUCUUUCCGAUGUCUUGGCCACAUCGUACAACGCUGUGAAAGACACAGCCGUCUACCCUGAAGACGAGGUUGCCAUCUUCGGUGCCGGUCCAAUCGGUCAAAUGGCUGGCAUCUUUGCCAUCCUCGAAGGUGCAAGCAAAGUCAUCUUCAUCGACACCGAACCGCGUCUCUCCUUCAUCAAGGACAACUGGCCUCCCAAGCACAAGGAUAAGCUAGAGCUGGUUGACUACAAGCACUUGUCCCACGGCGUUACCAACAAGGAGACUGUGGUUAGCCGACUCAAGGACCUUUGUGGUGGACGUGGUCCUGACUGCGCAAUUGAGUGUGCGGCCGGUGAGUACGCCAAGGGCUGGAUGCAUUGGCUGGAGAUGUCGCUUGGUAUUGAGACAGAUACGAGUGAAAUCAUCAACGAGAUGAUUGAAGGUGUACGCAACUAUGGUCGCUGCGGAGUCACAGGCGUCUACGUCGGAUAUACCAACCACUUCAACAUCGGAUCCCUCAUGGAGCGAGGCAUCCGGCUCAUCGGCAACGGCCAAGCCCCUGUCCACAAGUACUGGAAAGAACUCCUCGGCAUGAUCCAAAGUGGUGACCUUGACCCAACGCAGAUGAUCUCGCACCGCGUCAGGCUUGAGGAUCUGGACAAGGUGUACUACAAGUUCGAGGCGAGGGAGGACGCGAUGCAAAAGGUGUUUGUGGAGACGAGGUUUUCGUUCCCCAAGGAUGUCGAGUCGCCGGAUUUGACAACUUACUAA